GAGUACGUGUGUGCGUGCGUGCGUGAGUAUGUGCGUGCGUGGUGUCCGCACGCCGUGUGUGUAUGUACACGUGUACUGCGUAUCUGCAGCUUCAACUGGUAUAGGAUCUGGUGCUGUGGCUGGCAUUGUGGUGGCAAUGCUGCUGUUGCUUGUGGCCAUCCUGGCUGCGGCACUCUUGGUCAAAUACUAUCUAUCCUCAAAGCGAGAGGCACACAUCAGAGACGGAACUGGCGCUAGUGUAAUCUCCAUGGGGUCCAAACGGGUGAACAACGUCUCGCUGCGGCGGGACAGCAAGACAGUGGAACCGGACUAUAUCUCUCCCAGCCCUAUUGGAGUUGAUGAGUUUGCAAGCCACGUGCAGAUGCUGCACGCCAACGACAAUUAUCACUUCUCACAAGAAUACGAUGUGAUCACAGCCAAGUCACCACAGCCGCCGUAUGAAGUGUGCGGGGCACCAGAAAACCGCAACAAGAAUCGCUAUGCAAACAUUCUGUGCUAUGACCAUUCCAGAGUGAUUCUCUCACAGAUGGCGGAGGAUGAAACGGACACAUCCUACGUCAAUGCAAACUAUAUCGACGGCUACAAGGAUGAAAAGGCCUACAUUGCAACACAGGGCCCUGUACCGGACUCCAUCGAGGAUUUCUGGCGUAUGGUCUGGGAAGAGGACGUGCAUGUCAUUGUCAUGCUGACCAACUUGGAAGAGCGUGGACGACUCAAGUGCAAUGAGUACUGGCCGAACGCAGGAUCUGAGAAGUACGGGCAGUUCAACGUCCACCAUGUCGACACGACGGCUCUCUCCGACUCGGUGGAGAGGACGUUCUCACUGGAGAAACGUGGUUCCAAUCGUAGUCGUGAGGUGAGGCAGUUUCACUUCUCCAGCUGGCCUGAUCACGGUGUUCCAGACCAGCCCACACCGCUGCUCAACUUCAUGAAGCGUGUUCGUGCCAGCAUGCCCCCAACGUCUGGACCAAUGGUGGUGCAUUGCAGCGCUGGAGUGGGUCGUACUGGAACCUACAUAGUCAUUGAGACACAACUGAUGCGCAUCAAGGCGGAGAAGACCAUUGAUGUGUUCAACUUCCUGCAGCAUAUCCGUACUCAGCGUAACUUCAUGGUGCAAACCGAGGUCCAGUAUGUAUUCGUCCACGACGCUAUCUUGGAGGCAAUCAGCACUCCCUGCACCGAGGUGAACAUCACAAGUUUCCAGAAGCACUACGCUGAAGUGCUCAAUGCCGACCAGCCUGCGGACGACGCAUGGAACAUGAAACGCGAGUUUGAGCAUUUGAACGAGUCAACUCAAUCCGACAUGCUAUGUAAAGCAGGUAAUGAGACAGUCAACAGGAAGAAGAAUAGAAGCCAGUCGCACGUACCAAUCGAGUCCACGAGAGUCAAGCUGCGCGUCAUCCCUGGUAUUGUGGGAUCGGACUACAUCAAUGCUAGUUAUGUCAAUGGUUAUAUAGACAAGAAUGCAUACAUCGUAACACAGGCACCUAUCAAGGACACCGUUAACGACUUCUGGAGAAUGGUGUGGGAGCAGUGCUCACAUAACAUUGUUAUGCUCACCAAUCUGGAAGAGGGUGGUGAGGAGAAGUGCAUAUUGUACUGGCCGGACGAGGGCAAGCCAACACUGUACGGUGACUAUCUGGUGUCUAAGGAAUCCGAGUCACAGUACGGUGACAUUGUGGUGCGCGAACUGCUCGUUACGUGCACAAAGCAAGAAGAGACGAUCUCCAGACAGCUUCAGCACUUCCAGUGCACAGCAUGGCCCAGCGGUGGGAAACCGUCGAGUGCUGCAGACAUCAUACAGAUGCUCGGCCAGAUCCAGAAAGUGCAGCAAGCAACAAGCAACCGCUCCAUAGUCCUACACUGCAGUUCUGGCACCGGACGAACUGGCGUCUUCUGCGCACUGAGCAUCUGCUUGGAGCGUGUCAAGUCCGACGGCGUUCUGGAUGUCUAUCAGACAGUCAAGUCGAUCCGAGGACAGCGCCCAGGCCUUGUCGCUACCCUGGACCAGUACCGCUUCAUCUAUGAAUCAAUCCUGCAAUACCUGGACUCCUUUGAGAUGUACUCAAAUUUCAAGUGAACCUCCCCACCACCGAAUGUGUACGUAUAUAUAUAAUUAUAUCACACACAGAGUACAACUAAUUAGCACCCCUAAUACAGUCAUCUUCACACGCCGCCUAAUAAAUACAGUCUUGGGCAUUUCACCACCGCCAUCCGCCAUCCGUUGUCCGCUGGCGAUUGUCUUCUUGCUGGCAAUGCAAUGCCUCGUUACGCUGGACAGUGUAUCUGCCUGUGCCAUUCAUCGAUCCUGCUGUCUAAUACGUAAUCUGUACAAUUUGUGAUACCUAGCAGCUGUGAAAGUAGUCGACUGCUUGAACCAUGGAGAGUGUGUUUAGCCUGUAUAGCAAUGCGUAAUGACAGGGUGAGCUCGGCAACCCUCCGAGGCAAGGCUGUCUUUUCCCCUCAUCCGUUUUCACGCUUUUCUUGCCGCCUUCCUUGCCGCCUUCUUCAGACCUAUUGAGCGCCUUUUCGCAAUUGGAAUACUCAAAAAUCAAUCAUGAUCAUUUUUCCCUCACAAUUUACGAAAUGAGAUAAUUUUAGGGGAGUUGCCAUUGCUGACCGUUUUUGUUCCGGUUCCGUUUUUUAUUACGCCUCAUUUAUAUCGGAUUUGAUCUGGAAUUAGACUAACAAUUUUCUGUGGAUGCAAUAAGUCCACCUGCCGUUGUUGUCCCUCCAUUUUCUAUUUAUAAAAUGAGGUAGCUUUUUUUGCUGUUGUCUGUUAUAUUGACUUCAACACACUUCAAAUGAUUCUCGUUCACACCAGCCCUUUUAAAAUACCGCUGGCUAUCUCA